AAGCUAACUCAUAAACCAAACACAUAGGAUAGGAGUCCAACACAAAUUUCCCAACAUGUUAAAUGAAGAUCUCACUAGUACCUUAUGCUUAAAAAACAGUACCACUAGAGCCCGACUCUGCGACACCUGCCAUUUGCUCCCCGGCACCAUCUUCUGCGAGGCCGACUUGGCCUACCUCUGCACCGCCUGCGACUUGCAUGUCCACGCUGCCAACAAACUCUCCUCCAGGCACAAACGCGUAAGGGUCUGUGACGCGUGUGAACAAGCUCCAGCUGCUUUUAUAUGUAAGGCCGAUGCAGCCUCUCUUUGCACCACAUGUGACGCCGUUAUCCACUCUGCAAACCCUCUCUCCCGACGCCACCACCGCGUCCCCGUCAUGCCUAUACUCGGAUCCUCCGUCUAUAACAACAACAACAACAACGAACCAUGGUCUGUUAUUGGCCUAGGCUUUCAGCCUCAAGACUCAGCAGAUCAAGCCACACUAGAUCAUCAUAAUCAUCAUCAGGAUGAAGAUGAGGCAGCCUCAUGGCUCAUAUUUCAUGAUUCUCCUCCUAAAAAUAAUGGUCAAGGUCAAAGUCAAACCAAUGAGUUUGUGUCCAAUGGAGAUGAGUAUUUGGAACUUGUUGACUACAAUUCUUGUCAAGAUACUCCGUUCAGUGAUGACUUGAAGUUUGAUGAUGAUAAUAAGUAUAUGCAUGAUGGUAUUAAUAACAAUAUUCAGCAGCAGCAAAGGUAUGGAGGUUGCGAUGCUGACAGUUUGGUGCCAGGUCAGAAGUAUCAUCAACUUCAACAUCAACAUAACUUCCAAAAUCAGAAGUUUCAGUUGGGGAUGGAUUAUGAGACCUCCAAUGGGGGCUAUGGCUACUCUGCAUCACUUGGUGAUAGUGUUUCCAUGUCAUCAAUGGAAGUGGGAAUUGCAGUGGACUCGACAAUAACCGAGGCAUCAAUAGACCUAUUCUCAAAUCCCUCAAUUCAAAUGCCAACACAACUUACGCCAAUAGACCGAGAAGCGCGGGUCCUAAGGUACCGAGAGAAGAAGAAAACAAGAAAAUUUGAGAAAACCAUUAGGUAUGCGUCUAGGAAAGCAUAUGCAGAAACACGGCCUAGGAUCCAAGGCCGUUUUGCUAAACGAACCAACCUUGAUAUAGAUAUUGAAGUGGACCAAAUGUUUUCAACAUCACUAAUCACACAAGAUGGAUCCUGCACUUUCCCUUCAUUUUAAGCAAUGCUCCGGAUCAAAAGCCGCCCGCCUACCCAAUAACUUGAAGAUGCACAAUUUCCUUAUUGUGACUGGUUUGUUUCAAUUCAUGUCAUGACUCAUGAGGUUAAUAAUGUAUUGUAGUAAAUCUUGUGACCUGUGUGUUCAAGGCUGCUUCUUUAUAAGCAUGCAAAUUUCCAGUUUUGGUUUAUGUCCAUGAAUGUUAUUGUAUGAUCAAGUUAUUCAAUUUCAUUUCUGAAA